AUGGCCCCGAAGCUGGACCUGAGCCUGAAGCUGCCGCCGAGGCCGGAUGAGCCCGAGACCGCGGAGUACUACAGGCGGCAGCUCGCGGAGGCUGGGCCGGAGUUUGAGGAUUACGAGUCCACGUCGUACGCGGCUUCCACCCUGGCCGGACACGUCGACGAUGUGGGCCUCUACGAUCCUCACUCGCCCCCCCAGGCGGUCGCCCGAGCCGGCACCGAAAAACUCGCGACGAACGAUCCUCUCCCUGCGCCUCACCGACCCGACCGGAAUCCGGACCAGCUCGCCGGCGGACCGUUCAGCGCCGGCACGAAAGCGUACUUGGACGCAGAAUCCAUCGGGGCGCUCUCUGGCGACGGCACGUGGCCCCAAACCGGGGGCGGAUGGGGCGCGAUGGUCGCGGGGGGCGGGACGGGGACGUCAACGUCCGAGGCAUCCGCGGCCAAGCCGGUGAUUCGGGGCGCGUUCUACAUGGCCGAACGCGGGAACGAAGGGAUCGAAACCCCCGGGCUCGAUCCGUACGCCGGGUUUCCAUCGCGCAUGAAGGAGGACGGUCCGGGUGCGCUGCCCACGCCGCUGAGGGACGAUCGGCGCGGCGGCGGCGUCGACUUGGCCAAGGGGAAGAGGGGACGGGGCCGCCGCGCGCCGGGUCGACCGCGUGAGGAGGAGGAGGAUAACGCGUCGCUGGGGUCCGUGACGCCGCGGUCCGGCGUGGACGAGGUGGCGGCGAUGGCGCGGCACAAAAACGACGUCGAGGAGGAGGACCCGGCGGAGGCGGCGAGGAAAAAGUUACGAAACGGCCGACCGACGGAGCGAGAAAUCACCGACUUUUACGCAACCGCUGAGAGGAGGGCUUUAGUGACCACGGGCCUGACUCCCGCGAGGCUCAGGCACCCGAAGGCGCUGUGGAACGGAGACCGGCCCGCGCUUUGCAAGCUGACGCGCGCGGGUAAGCCCGAUUCCGCCGGCGCGUGGGAGUGUUUCCUUUCGCGCAACUACACGGAGGGUUUCAAAAAGCCAACCGCCUUUGCGUCGGCGCCGCCGGCGGACGUGCUGUGCGAAUCGUGCGGCGACGUCGCGUGGGACCCGGUGCGGGACCAGUCGGGAGGAAGGGCAUCGUCCAGGGCCGUGUGGUGCAGGGCGUGCCUGUGCGCGGCGCGCGGGGACAGGGCCGGGGAGACGGCGCCAGAACACGGCGAGUGCGUCGCCGCGGUCAACGCGUUGAAGAUUGUCUGCCGCAACGCGCUCGCGCCGACCAAGACCCAACGCGGCGAUGAGAUCCUGUGGCGCAUGGACAAGGCGGGCUGCCCCGACGUGUGUCGUCUCUGUGAUAGGCGAACCAUCGAGACUAACUGCGCGUACGCGGUGGAGGAAUGCUGCCUUCCGAGGGGCAGCGCCAACCCAGGCGACUGCUGCCGGCAGAGGGUCCGCCGCCGCGACAUGGCGGAGCACCGCGCCAGCUGCGACCACCGGCUCGUGAAGUGCGAACACCCAGGAUGCGAUCGCAUGACGCAGGCGAGGUACGCGGUGUCGCACGCGAGGCUCUGCGAGAAUCGCCCGUUCGCGUGCCCCAACCGGCCGAGGUGCGAGUGGAUGGGCACCAGGGCUGGCGUCGAGGAUCACCUCGAGGAGUGCCUCCACGAGGUCAUACCCUGCGGAUUCGUCGACAGUUUCAAGGAUAAAUGCGCGGGUACUUGCGCUGUGACCUUGCCCAGGGUCCAGAUGCUGGCGCACAAGGAGAUAUGCAGGUACCAGAGCGCCGUUUGUAAGCACUGCGGCGAAUCCAUGGCGCUGCGAAGGCACGGGCAACACGAGGCAACGUGCUCGGCGAGAUUUUACGAGUGCCCCAACUGCGCGCAGACGGUGCACAAGCUAAGGAAGGUGCAGCACGACGGGACCGUCUGCCCCGGGGUGCGGGUUGAGUGCAUGUACCGAUCGUACGGCUGCGACGAGAGGGUGCUCAAGUGCGACUACGCGAGACACUGCCGUGAACGGUUCGACGAACACGCGGUGAUGGUGCUUCGCAACGACGCAAACAAGUGGGCGAGACCUGCGUCAUCCGCGCCCGGCGAUGAACCGUCCGACCCGCGACCCGACGAACCCGAGGCGUUGAAUCCCACCGGCAAGAGCGAUGGUUUCGAGGUGAUGGUGACGCGUCACGAGCUGACCCGCGCCGACCUUCAAAGGGUCGACGCCACCAGCCAGCGACUCAGCGCCGGAUUGGACCGGGAGAUUGCGUCCACCAGGGAGGAGAUCGCUCGCGUGGAGGACGAGGUUUACGUCGACGCCACCGCACGACUGGCGCUCGAUAUGCGAAGCGCCAGGGAGCACAUGCGCGCGCUGGUGAAGGAGACGGAUGAUGAGGUGCAGUCGUUCGAAACUAAGCUCAUGGCGGAGACCCUCGAGUUAUACAACGACUCGCUAGCCAUGCGCAGGAAAGCGGAGAGAGAGCUGGCAGUCAAGACGAGCCUGGACGAGUUCGUGGCCGGGUACGAGCGCGGUUUGAGGGAAGUUCGCGCGGAACUGGGUGACCUGACUCGUGAGGUGGGAGAGUCCACGCUGCGACUGUCCACGGCGAUAUCCCCCGCGCUGGAGCUGAAGGAUGAGAUCGAGCGGACGCUGGUCGAGGGGCUGGACGGUUUGGAGGCGAGGAUAGCCAACCUCGAGUGGCGCGGCGCGGACCGGGCGGCCAUCGCGUGGGAAAAGACGCAGGACGCAAGGGAGAACUUCAGGGCGAGGUGCAAGCCGCGGGUCAGACAGCAGAUGAGGCUGGAGGAGAAGAUGGCCCUGCUCGAGGGGAGGAAGUUCGUCACACCGGACGAGGACGCCGCGCUGCGGGCAAAGAAUUACGUCGACUCGGAGAAGAAUCCGCCGCCGCUCGCGAUCGCGGCGGAUGAGGAGAGGGACGACGCGGAUGCGUCCGGGGAUGAACGCACGAUCCCACCAGCUCCCGGCACGCCCCCUGAGAUUUCCGAGAGCGACGGUAUCUCGCCGGCGGGCAUUUAG